AUGUGCAUCGUGUUCACUUGCGGCGAGCACACCUUCCGCAAAGAGGUGGAAGGGUACAACGGGCUCGUCUGCCGGUGCUACAACUGCGGCAACUACUCGGGGUCAGUCGUCAAGUCGAACCCUUGGUUCACCUUUUGCUUCAUUACCUCCUGCGACGAUCUAGAUGCCACCCCCGGGUACCAGGACGGGGAGAGGGCGAGGCGCAUGGCGCAGAAAAGGCGUUGGGGACUUUACGGCGAUAUUGACGGAUUGGUUCUUGUUGAGCUGUUUACUGUUUAUGCGAUGGGAACCGCUUCUUGGGGGCGUUUGCCCACCAUGGCUUUCUUUGCGGCUAAUGGGGCGGGCAGAGGGCGGAACGGACGGAUGCUUUGA